AAUAUCAAAGAAUCUGACGUGGCUUAUACUAUUCUUCUUGCUUGCUUUUGCCACAGCUUCUUCUACCUUUAAAACACCAAUCAUUGCUUCUCCUUCGCCUGCCACCUUCUCUCUCUCCAAAUAUUUCUUCUUCCUUCUGAAAUUUCUGCGUGGUAAAGAAAGGGUAACUUUCUAUAUAUUUUGAUAUAAAGAGAAGCCAAGGAAAAAUAAAUUUUACUUGUGUGUUUUUAAUUUAUUAUUCUUGCAAUGGUUUUGUUUUGUGAAAUCUUUCUUGGUGAAGAAGGUAACCUAGAAGACGGAGAGUGGGUUAACGAAAGAUAAUAGUAGUAAUCAAAUCUCUUCAAGAAAACCAAAAAAAAAAAUAGAGUUUUUCUUUUCAAAUAUUUCCUCUGUUUCAGAAGAUCAUAAGCGAGUUUGCGAUUACCUUCUCAUCUCUUUCGGCAUUUAAAUCAAGAAACCAUGACCACAAGUCUACUAAGCGAUCCAAAGAUGAUAAUCUCAACACCAGAGGUCAUGAUCGCCUCUCACCCGCCGUCUCAAGCACCGACAACACAAAUCUCGGGCGACGAGACAGAGCCUGUGACGUGUGAGUGUUGCGGAUUAACCGAGGAGUGUACUCAAUCGUACAUAGAGAUGAUCAGAGGACGUUACAUGGGUAAAUGGAUCUGUGGUCUUUGUUCUGAAGCUGUGAAGUACGAGGUUAUAAGAACUAAACGAUUGCUAACUCCAGAGGAAGCUAUGGCAAGACACAUGAACACGUGUUACAAGUUCAAAUGCUCAAGCCCACCUCCUAAUCCGACUGGACACCUGAUCUCUGCGAUGAGACAGAUCUUGAGAAGAAGCUUGGAUUCUCCAAGAAUGCCUAGAUCGAUGCCUAGUAGUCCUUCUAAAGAUGAAGCUGAUGAUUGUGUUCCAAAUGUUUUGUCUAGGUCUGAUAGCUGUUUCGCUAGUUUGACUUAAAAAGCUCAUCGUUGGAAGAAAAUAAAUCUUUAACCGGGUGAACCGCGGUUAAGGACCACCACAUGGUAAGGAUCCGGUUUUCAGAUUGUAAGUUUUCGUCAUUAACAAAAAUUGGUCUCUGUAUGUGUUUUUUUUUUGCCGGAUUUGCCUACCUGUGGAAAGUUUUGGCUAAAUGCUUAAAAUGUACAAGUCUUACUUUGUUUCUUGAUUCUUCCCAAUUGCUACUAACUUUUGUCAUUGUGUGCUUAGUAGUUACAAGAACAAAUAAUGUUGAUACUAUUCGAUUAAAGUUUGAUGAUAGAACAGGAUAUUCUUACUA